CAGUUUAUGACCUCACAUUAUAAUCCCCCCCCCCUUAUAACCACAAUGUAACAUGAUAGUCAGUGUCCCACUCUAUUAUUCAAACAUACUUUUUUAACAAAAUUAAAGUAAAACAUUUUGUAUUCGCAGUUUCUAAUAUAUUUUUAUUGCCUUUCCCUCCUUUUACUUGUUGUGACUAACACGUGAGGCAAUCCCUUCGGUGAAAUCUGAUCUGUUUUUACGGGCUUCCUGUGUCAAAUCAAACAAAAUGGACACUGCAUUGCGUAGUGCAAGUGCUGGAGUAUUGGAGUGUAAAACAUGCCGUUCAAGGCUUAUUGCAGAGAACGGACCAUUAUCCAGUGGUUUAUACAAAGGUAUCUGCAAGACAUGCCUCAACCCUGUACAGUUUUGGUCCUUAGUGGACCCUGUACAUGAAGUUAACUUUGAAAUAAAUGGUGUGAAACAUAAAGUUAUAAAUCCUGACCCUGGAAUGAGUUUAAACGAGUGGAUAAGAAAUCAGCCACAGCUUAAAGGUACAAAGGUCAUGUGUCGUGAAGGAGGAUGUGGAAGCUGUACAGUGGUUGUUACAAGAACUGAUCCAAAGUUAAAGCAGGCAACUACAAUGUCAAUUAAUUCUUGUUUAUUCCCACUUUGUGGAGCUGAUGGCAUCUCCGUAACAACAGUGGAAGGAAUUGGAAGCAAAGACAAAGGUUUUCAUCCAGUUCAAGAACGACUUGCUGAACAUAAUGGUAGCCAGUGUGGAUAUUGUUCACCUGGUAUGGUGAUGAAUAUGUAUGGGUUAUUGAAGACUAAUCCAACCCCAAGUAGGCAAGAUAUUGAAGACCAUUUUGAUGGUAACAUUUGCCGUUGUACAGGUUACCGCCCUAUACUGGAUGCUAUGAAGACCUUUGCUAAAGAUUCUAGUCCCAUUGAGAUAGAGGAAAUAGUCAGCAGUAAGUGUGGAAGGCAGUGUAAUGGAUCAGGAUGUGCUAAGAUAUGUCAUAAAGAAGUGAAGGAAACAGAUAGCCUUUGGUUCAACCCAGUCGCCCUACAAGACAUGUACACAUUGCUUGCUAAGUACUCUGACAAGAGAACAAGGAUUGUUGGUGGAAAUACUGGCAAAGGUAUUUAUGACGAUGGUAGUUUUGAUGUUUUUAUUGAUGUCAAUCAAAUUCCUGAAAUAAAGACUGUUGAGUUGGCUUUAGAUGGUCUUUCAGUUGGUGGUGCUGUAACUUUGAGUUCACUGAUUGAUGCUUUAGAUGGGAACGAGCCUACACACAAACUGUACAGUGUACUAGCAAAACAUGUGCGCAAGGUUGCAAAUGUACAAGUUAGAAAUGUUGCUACUGUUGCUGGCAAUCUAAUGCUGACUCAUGACCAUCCAGACUUUCCAUCUGACAUCUUUACCAUCCUUGAAACAGUUGGAAGUACCGUCAGAGUUGUUGAUGCAAAAACUGGAAAACCUUAUGAGUAUAGCCUCAUGAAUUUCUUGGAUCUUGACAUGACAGCAAAGGUCAUUCUUUCAGUAUUGAUCCCCAAGCAUCCUGAGUCUGUUAAUGUGCACACAUUUAAAGUUAUGCCAAGAGCUCAAAAUGCUCAUGCGUAUGUCAAUGCUGGUUUUGCUGUCAAUUUCGAUUCCUCUAUAAUGACAGGAUCUUCAUAUCGUAUUGUGUAUGGAGGAAUAGGGCCAUAUGCAAUGCAUGCUUCCAAGACUGAGAUGUAUCUAAAAGGCAAGCAACUGACAGAAAUCAAUACUUUACAAGGAGCACUAGAAAUACUAGAUCAAGAGCUUGUCCCAGACACCCCCAAAGUAAGUGCUACCGUGGCUUACAGAAAGAGCCUUGGACUGGGCUUAUUUUACAAGUUUUAUUUAGCUAUGCUUGGUAACAAGGCUUCAUCACGUGUUCAAUCAGCAGCCAAGCCUUUUCUCCGUGCAGUGUCAUCAGGAAAGCAAGACUUUGAUACUCACCCUAACUUGUAUCCACUAACACAACCAAUGACGAAACUUGCUGCCAAACUACAGAGUGCUGGUGAAGCAGUGUAUACAAAUGACCUACCCACCCAGGGUGGGGAGCUACAUGCUGCCUUUGUCCUCUCAACACAGGGAAACUGUAGAAUUGAUACCAUUGAUGCCAGUGCAGCUCUAAACAUGCCAGGAGUUGUUGAUUUCCUGACUGCAGGAAGCAUCCCUUCAAAGGGGGUCAAUAGCUUCAAUGAUGGUGAGAAAGAAGAAGUCUUUUGUAGUGGUGAAGUGCUGUAUGCUGGUCAAGCUGUUGGGCUUAUUAUUGCAGAUUCACAGUGUAAUGCUGAUGCUGCUGCCUUGGCUGUCAAGGUGACAUACAAAAAUGUCCAGUCACCAAUACUUACUAUCCAACAAGCAAUUGCGGCCAAGUCCUUCUACCCAAACAUUGCUGAUCCUUUAGUUGUUGGAGAUGCCAAGGGUGCCAUCAAAGCAUCAAGUCAUGUGAUCAAGGGAGAAAUCUCCAUGGGAACCCAACAUCACUUUUAUAUGGAGAAUCAGGUGUGUCUGUGCAUCCCUGAAGAGGAUGGAUUGACAAUCCAUUGUGCCUCUCAAUGGAUGGACUUGCUUCAAAGGAGAGUCGCUUUGGUGCUUGGCAUUUCUGAAAACAGACUGAAUGUUCAAGUGAAGAGGUGUGGAGGUGCUUAUGGAGGCAAAGCAUCUCGAACAGUUCAAAUUGCUGCUGCAGCUGCACUAGCAGCAGUUAAACUACGAAGGCCUGUACGGUUAAGUCUUAAUUUCCACACCAAUAUGAGGAUGAUUGGUAAAAGAGCGCCAUUCCUUGCCACAUACCAGGUUGGAGUAGGUAACGAUGGCCUUCUGAAUGGUAUUGACAUGACGUACUAUGCUGACUAUGGCUCUUCAUCCAAUGACUCAGAUGUUAGUGCUGCAUUUUUCUGGUGUGAUAAUGCUUAUCAUUGUGGCAACUGGAAAAUCACACCAAUAGCAUGCAAAACCAACCUCGCAAGUAACACUUGGGUCAGGUCACCAUCAUCAAUUCAAGCCAUUUUCAUAAUGGAGACGAUACUGGAGCAUGUUGCCAAAGCACUUAACAAAACUCCUGAGGAAGUGCGUCAGGUCAAUUUGUACAAAAAAGGGCAGAAAACACCAUAUGGGUACUCCCUUGAUUAUUGUAACAUUGGAAAUCUUUGGACAGACUUGCAAGAAUCAUGUGAUUACAGCAAGAGAAGAGAAGCCAUUGAUACAUUUAAUAAAGCAAACCGUUGGCGCAAGAGAGGUAUCUCCCUUGUUCCUCUGCGUUGGAGCAUUCAGUAUGGUGGUGAAAUGUUCACUUCAAUGGUAUCAAUAUACCAUGGUGAUGGUACUAUAGCUGUCAAUCAUGCUGGGAUAGAAGUGGGCCAAGGUAUCAAUACCAAGGUAGCUCAAGUUGCUGCACAUGUUCUUGAAGUUCCCAUUGACAACAUUGUUAUAAAAGCAACAACUAACCUCAUUAGCCCCAAUAGUGACGCUACAGCCGGUAGUGUUGGAAGCGAGUUGGUUUGUGAAUCUGUGGUGCUAUGUUGUGAGACUUUAAAGAAACGCAUAGAUCCCAUACGUCAAAAGUAUAAACCUUCUAGUUGGCAGGCACUUAUCACGAAAUGUCAAGACGAAGGUGUUGACUUGUCAGCGAAAAUAAUGUAUCAAGGAAGUACCAAGCCGUAUGUGUACAGUACCUAUGGAGCCACAUGCACAGAAGUAGAAUUAGAUGUGUUGACUGGAGAGAGAGACAUCAUCAGAACUGACAUUCUGUAUGACUGUGGACAAAGUAUGAAUCCAGAAAUCGAUGUGGGUCAGGUUGAAGGAGCAUUUGUUAUGGGACUUGGCUAUUGGAUGACAGAGAAAGCGAUUUAUGACAAUGAGACUGGUGAAGAGUUGACCUACUCAACAUGGGAAUACAAACCUCCAUGUUCCAAAGACAUUCCUAUUGACUUCAGAGUAAGACUGCUGAAAAAUGCGCCCAAUCCCAAGGGCAUUCUAAGUUCCAAGGCUGUUGGUGAACCUCCAAUGUGCAUGUCAUGCUCAAGUCUCUUUGCUGUGAAACAUGCUGUUCAGAGUGCACGUGGUGAAAUCAAUCAAGAUGAAGAGUAUUUUCCUUUGGAUGGACCAUCAACAGUGGAAGCAUCACACAUGGCAUGUCUUGUUAAUCCCAAACAAUUCACCUUGUAGACUGCAAAUCAUCACAAUCAACUACAUUCAUUUAUAUUAAUAUGUAACGGCCAGGUUUUGCACACCAGUUUGUAUUAUGGCUUAAACAUUUAUGAAACCAACACACAGCAUGAUCAUCGUGACAGAACUAAUUUAUUGCAAAACAUGCACAAAAUCACACUGACUAUAUAAGGAAACACACAGGCUACCCAAAAUAAAUAAAUCAGUAAUACUCAAAAUAUGAAAUUAAUGAAAUUAAAUUUCAAAUUGUCACAAUUAUAUAAGUAAUAGUGCAUAUAUAAAUAAAUAUUAUAUAGUUUCAUCUUCAGAAAGCAAAGAAAUAUGAGUGAGAAACUAAAAGUUUCUCCUCUUUAUUUUCAAUCUUAAAUCAAAAUUAUUGACAAUAACUUAAUAUUAUUUUUUAAAUUGAAAUUAAAUGAGCAAUGUCAGACUGAUAUAUAUUCCUCAAGAUCUGCAUUGUCAAAACUCAAAAGAAGAAUUAAUGUAUCAAUUUAAAAAAAAUGUAUCAAUAAAAAAAAUAUAUACCUUA